AUGGGCGCAUCCCCCCUCCCCUCCCGCCCCGCACCGCCCCCCGGCCCCGCCCGCCCCGCGGGCCGGGCUCCGCGGGAGCCGCCGCUCGGCCGGAGCGGGGCUGGCGGCGGCGGGACUUGGGCUCUCUCAUGCCUUGCCUCCCUCUUCCCCCCUGCUAAACCCUCCUUCCCAAGGAUGGCGGCCGCCUCAUUCCGCUAUGGCAUGACCAUCACCGGGGCCGUGCUGCUGGUGACGGGGACGCUGUGCUUCGCCUGGUGGAGCGAUGGGGAGGUGGGAUCAUCAGCCAGCACCGGCGCUCACCUCCUGCCUCCCCGGGAGGCCGAGGCCGUGCCCAGCUCCUCCUCCUCCAGCGCCCUGCUCCGCUCCAUCAGCUUCUUCUGCUGCGGCAUCGGCGGCAUCCUGCUCCUCUUUGGGCUCCUCUGGUCCGUGAAAGCCAACGCCAGGGUGGUUUCCCGGCGCUACCAGUACCAUUUCCCCAGGGACCUGCAGUACUUCACCGCGGAGCCUCCGGAGAAGUGGAACUGCAGCUCCUGGGACGCCAGCGCCAUCCCCACCUACGAGGAGGCUCUGACCUGCAGACCUGCCCACGACACCGCAGCCUACAUCCCCCCGCCGGGGGGCAAGGAGGAGGAGCUCACUCCGCCCCUGUACCGCUACCUGGAGGAGGACGAGCGCUGGCAGUGCGGCCGCCGCCGCAGCUCCUCCGACAGCGCCUUGUUCCGCCCCAGCCCGUCCUGGAUGGAGAUGCAGGACCCGGGGGAGCCGCAGGAAACGCCCCCCCCCAGCUAUGAAAACAUCAGCGUCCGGGGGGUCUGAGCUGGAGGCUUUAAACCCAGCCCCUUCCUUUGCUUGUGGGUGAGGAGGGGAAAGGGUCUGCGGCUCCGCGGGCCG